CUCUGGAGUGAAUAUUUGAAGCCUAAGGGGAUUCUCGUGGAUUUACUUCAGAUUACCGCCACCGACUCUCAGAUUCACAUAAGACAUUAAACCAAUCAAUCAAACCGCGACCGACUGCAUCUUCCACCACCACAUACAUCACUUCGACAUAUUAACCCAUAUAUCGAAGUAGAUCACACAUACACAAACUCAAGAUGUGCUCCCGCUUCCAGCAGGUCCAGCGUCUUCAGCGUCUUACACUCGCACCCACAUCGAGAGUGUUGACCCGCAAUGUCCACCAGAGCUCCCGCCACAACACAGCCAUCCAAGGGCCAGCUCCCACAUCACCCUCCGCACAGCUGCUGUCCACAAAGACAUAUUGCCAGGGAUCAACACCAAAAUCCGUUCUCGCUCGCCUUCCUACAUCAUCAGUCGCCCGCUCAUACAUGAUCACUGCCAUGUCUUCCUCUCCAGCCCUUCUUGGUUUAACAUUCACUGUUCUGCGAAAGAUGCUCGACUCGAAGAAUUACCUUAUGGAUGUCGAGCGCAACCCUCUUAUCAGGACAUUGUUGAAGAGCACUUUCUACGCUCAAUUCUGCGCUGGCGACAAGGCGCACGAGGUGAAGCCAAAUCUUGCCGCUGCACGAUCAGUGCUCGGAUACGACGGAGUCAUCAUCGAGUACGCACUGGAGGUUCUCGGAGGAAGUGAGCCCACCGCCGCCGAGACAGCUGCUGAGAUCGAGGUCUGGCGCAAGGGUAUGAUGAAGAGUGUUGAGAUGGCCAGUGAGGGCGACUUCAUCGGUCUCAAAUGGUCCGGACUCGGCCGUCACGCUCUCCACCUCCUCCAGAACCAACAAGACGCCACCCCCGAAAUGUGGUCCGCCAUCACCGAAGCCUGUGACGCCGCUGCCGCCAAGGGCAUCUGCCUGCUUCCCGGCGCCGAAGAGGAGAUCACUAACAUCGGCCUGGAGAAAUGGACCACCGCCCUGCAGAAGAAGUACAACACCAAGGAAUACGGCCGCGCUCUCAUCUACACAACAUACCAGUGCUACCUGCGCGCCGUGCCCGCCCGUAUCGCGCAACACCUCGAGAAGGCUUCCAAGGGUGGCUACAUCGCGGGUGUCAAGCUCGUGCGUGGCGCUUAUCUCAACUCCGAGGCACCGGGUACCUGCUUCGACACCAAAGAGGGCACAGAUGCAUGCUACGAUGCCUGCGCGGCCACCGUCCUUCGCCAGUCCUGGUCUGACUCCAUCAGCCCGAGCAAUCCUUCUGUCGCCUUCCCCGCCGUCAACAUCGUCCUCGCAACGCACAACCUCGCCACCAUCACCUCCGCAAAGGCAAUCCGCGCAUCCCAGAUGCUCGUCACGUCCCCAGAGAACCUGCCAAGGUUGACGUAUGCGCAGUUGCAGGGCAUGGCGGAUGAGAUUAGCCAGAGUCUGGUGCAGGAUCCGACGAUGAAGGCGGAUGAGAAUGCGAAGGUUGUUAAGCUGCUUGCGUGGGGAACGAUGACGGAGUGUCUUAAUUUCCUUAUCAGGCGCGCUGCUGAGAACAAGGAAGCCAGCUUCAGGACCGAAGAUACGAGGAGGGCUAUGGGCGCUGAGUUGUGGAGAAGGAUGAAGGGUGUUUUUGGCCUUGCUUAGGUCCAUGCAAGACGAGC